CUCACAUGCAUGUGUCAUAAUACAUGCACUGAUCAUUUAGGUAGGUACCUAACCUGCUACGCUACCUAGAGGUAACAGCAUCAUCCGCAACGCCGCCGCCCUUCUCUCUUCCUCAGCCUGUCUACCUACCUCCAACCUCCUCCUCCUUCUCCUCCGCACCUCUCCGCCGCCCGCCCAACCAACCAACCAACCACCCACCUCCCCCCGAACCCACCGACCGACCAAGCCCGAAACGCACGAGAUGCGCACAGCGCUCGCCGCCCUCGCGGGGCCGCUCCUGCUGCUCUUCCUCGCCGCGCCCUCCGCCGUCGUCAGCUCCUCGGCCGCCGCCGCGCGGCCGCAGACCUCGUUCGCGCUCGCGGUGCCGGCGUCGGCGGCGCUCGCGCGCCCGCUCUCGCUCGCGCCGGCCACGCACGCGACGCUGUCGGCGCUCGGGGCGCGGCUGCGGGCGCCCCUCAGCGGCUCCCCCGCCGCCGGCGGCGGCGACGCCCUCUUCGUCUUCCGCAACGUCACGCCCGGCUCCUACCUCGCCGACGUGCACUGCGCCUCGCACGCCUUCGCCCCGCUGCGCGUCGACGUGUACCCCGCCGCCGCCGACGCCGACGCCGCCGAGGGCCAGGCCCUGCGCGUCCGCGCCUGGGAGACCUUCCGCGGCAACGACUGGGACAACCGCGGCCCCGAGAUCCCGCGCGCCGCCGGCGUCGGCGUCGAGGGAGGCCGCUUCCCCGUCCGCGUCCUCGGCGCCAAGGAGUACUUUGUCGAGAGGGGAUCUUUCUCCGUCUUCGGCAUCCUCAAGAACCCCAUGAUCCUCAUGGGCCUCGUGAGCAUGGUACUCUUCAUCGGGCUGCCCAAGCUCGUCGACAACAUGGACCCCGAGAUGCGCGCCGAGUGGGAGGCGCAGCAGCGCAAGAACCCGAUGAACAGCAUCAUGGGCGGCGGGGGCAGCGGCGGCGGCGCUGGAGGCGCCGGCAGCUUCGACAUGGCGGCCUACCUGGCGGGCCAGAACGCCGGCGGCGCCAAGAGCGAGGGCGACCCCCCUGCCUCCUCCCCUGCCUCCCCCCCUUCCUCCGGGAACGGCAAGAAGGGCGGCAGGCGGUGACGAGCGCGGAUAGACGGACAGAUUGGAAAAGCCGGGGGACGGACCGGCCGAGAUAAGGGCCGGGUAGGAUAGGGAAGGGAGGGCCGAGAGUCGAAGUAAUGGGGACGGGGAAGAUAUAGGAUAUGAUAUAUAGAUAGGUAGACAAGAUCUAGUCUAGACGAGCUCCCGCUGGCCCCCCAGACCAGACGCGCUGCGCUUUCCCCCGAGCAUGCCCACCGGCCUCGUAUCUAUCUAUCUACCCCCCGUUUCGUGUCUACCCGCGUCUCCGCUCCCCGCCUCGCCUGGCC